GAGAGAGAGAGAGAGAGAGAGAGAGUUAGCUCAAUUUGCGGUCGAAAUGCACAACUAGAUUAUUUUAUCUGGUGGCCUAGACGUUAUCUUAUUUGUACCUCGUGACACACAUUCAGUGUUCAGUUGAUCAAGACCCAGAAUUAAUUUUAUCUCGACUGAUCAUAAUUCCAGAGCACACUGUAAGAAAGUUGACCAUGAAGCGUCUGGUAGUUCUGGGAGCAACAGGACCCUCGGGACAGGAAGUGGUCAAGCAGGCCCUCAGCGCUGGACAUCACGUGACAGCGGUGGUCAGAAACCCUGACAAACUGGACAGUGUCCAAAAUGAGAAUCUAAAGGUUAUUAAAGCAGACGUAUUCUCAGCAAAAGACCUCUCGGAGCAUUUUCGGGGGCAUGAGGUGGUCAUGUCGUGUUUGGGAAAUAGAGACCGUGCGCCCGUUACUCUGUAUACGGAGUCCAUGAAAGCUAUAGUUGCCGCGAUGAGAGAGACAGGCCUCACCAGACUGAUCUGUAUAACGUCAUGGUGCACAGAAUCACGACCUGGCAACCCAUGGCUGAUAGAGUGGGUAAUAAAACCUCUCUUUAUUGGGAAAACUGUGGCCAAUAUGGCUGAAAUGGAACAUUACUUAUUCGAUACCUGCCAGGACAUCAACUUUACCAUAGUGAGGCCGCCUGGUCUCGGUACUGGACCAGUCUCAGAUUCCCCCAUUUUGACCCAUGAAGGAAUGCACGUGCCUGGUGCACCUGGAGGUAGGAUGAACAGGGCAGAUGUCGCGCGGUUUAUGUUGUCACUGUUAGACACUUCAGAAUGGGACCGAAAGGCUGUAGCAGUACAAACUGGACCAAAGAGAUAAAACCCUGUCAGUGAAGAGGGUUAUGAUAAAAACUUA